AUGAAUCCUGUUCCACGAAAAAUGUUCCCCAUGGACUUCAGCAAACUGCAUCUCCAGAAACUCCAAGUAUGCUUUAAGAGAAUAUGUUGGACACUAGCUGGCGGGUGUUAUUAUGUUUAUUCAUACUAUUACGGCUUUCGGCUCCGGUAUUCCUAUGCCUACAUGUACUGUCCUGGGGCAUGCUGCGGGUACUACUAUUCUAGGUCCUGUUGUACCAGUGGCGGUACUAUUGCCGGGGCAAUCAUCGGAUGCAUUCUCUUCGCCGCUCUGAUCAUCGUCAUAAUCUUCAUGAUAAAGAGAUGUAACAGAACACAAACUGGUGUUGUCGUCGCCAAUCCUCGUAACAACGUCACUAAUGUGACAACGAAUUCACAUUUACAAGCAUAUCCACCACCGGCACACGUUGAUGCUUAUCCACCGCCAGUACCUGGAUCAUACCUCGGAGGCUGUAACCCUCCUCCUCAGCAAGCAACAGGAACCAAUUACCCCGGUGGUAGCUAUCCUCCUCCUCCUCAGCAAGUAACAGGAACCAGUUACCCUGGAGGAAGUUUUCCCCCGCCGCCUCCUUACGAACAAGUCAAUCCUGCCUAUCCGACCUCUCCUAAAUAUUAA